CCGGUAGCGAGCAAACACGACCCACAUUAUCCUACGCUCCUACUGGACGCCAUUUUUAUUGUCGGUCCGCGUCUUGUCGACUUUGUUUGUCUGUGUGUGCUUUCAUAAGUUUUUCUUUCAUAGUUCUUUUUUUUAUACCACUAUCGUUGUUCGUGUGCAAUCAUCUCAAUUUCUUUUUGUCUACAACUCUUAUAGUUACCGGCGUAGUGAAAUACCGUUUCCACCGUCGAUCGGGCGUGUAACAAAUAUUUACAAUCAGAGCUACUGUCGGCACUUUUGCUAUACACUUCGUUAUCUACGUAUAUCUGCACGAACAUUGUAAUGGCCUACAAUCGACGAAGUGGUGGUGGCGGCGGCGGUGGUGGAUUCGGAGGAUAUGGUAGCGGCGGAGGCGGCGGCGGCGGCGGUGGUUAUGGCGGAGCUGGUGGUGGUCGAUACAAUAGCGGUGGCGGUGGUGGUUACAGGACUGGAGGUGCUGGAUCUGUCAAUCCAUGGCAAUCUAGCACUGGUGCUGGAGGCCCACUGCCUAGACAGCCACAGCAAGCUGGACACCCUCCACCCACUCAAUUAGCAAUGGCUAGUAACAUAAUCAGCAAGUUAUUGACAUCGUCUAAUUCCAUGCCUGGUAGUGGUUAUGGAGGCGGUCCUAAUCGAAGUGGUAGUUGGGCCAGUGGUGGUCCUAGAAUGUCACAUUUACCAAUGCGUCAAAGACAAGAUGGAGGAUACAGUAAAGACAAUAGGCGACGCGGUGGUGAUCCACAUAAUAGAUUUUCUGGUGGUGGUCGUAAAUCUGGUGGAGGAGGAACAAAGGAUGGAGAUAAGCGUAAAUCUGCUGGAAAAGUCACUGAUGAAAACAAAAAAGGACAAAAUGAACGUGAAAGAACCAAGGAACAACUGGAUGCUGACAAAAAAGCAUCUUAUGUUGGUGUUCCUUCUGCAGUACUUUAUUGUCAUGUAUGCUUCAAACAUAUGUGGGAUUCCGAGUCUUUUGAAAAACACGUUCGUGGAAGACCUCAUGAAUUGAUGAUGACUUACUUAGAUGAAGCUUAUAGAAUGCGAGUUGAUUUUAUGAGACAUCAAAUAAAAGCUGUUGAAAAUCAAAGGGAAAUUGACUUGGAACGUGUAACAAACAAUAAACAUAAAUCAAACAGUGGAAAUAAAAAUUCAGGAGGAAAUUCUAAUUCUUCCAAACCACUCUUACGUAGCUAUUGUCCUAUGUGUGAUGUACGUUUUUAUGGUCCGCUCACGGGCCAUCGGAAAAGUGAUAGACACAGGAAGCUUAAACAAUUUUUGCAUCCUGAAUGUAAAUUGUGUGAUUCAUUAUUCCAUACUAGACUUGAGAUGGAUGAACAUAAACUUACUGCUGGACAUUUGAAGAAAGUAGCUGAAUUACGCACUAUAGAAAAUCCUCAUUUGAAAGAUGAUGAGUUUGAUUUGAUUGAUAUGAUUAAAAUCGAAGAAGAAGAGCAGCAAGAUCAUGAUCAAAUGCCUGUAGCCAAAAAAUACGAAAUGCUUGGUGACCGUGACGCAAAAAAAUUAAAAUUAGAACUGGAAGGUGGUAGUGGUGAAAAAAUUCGCAAUGAAAAGAAAAAAUCUUCGGAAACUGAUACUAAUGUAACUGUUACUGCCACUGAUACAACUGAUGAGAAAAUAUCGGAAGAAAAAAAUAUUGAAAAGAAAGAAGAAGAAAUGGAAACAUCAGAUGUGGCUGCAACUGAUGAAUCAACUGCUGAAGAUCCUACUAAUGAUCAAUCCGUUAAAGAAGACAAUGCUACUAACUCCGAGUUAGUUGCUAAUAAAGAUCAAGUUGCUGCUUAUGAUCCAAAUGUUGCUAUUGGAAAAGAAUUAUUAGUUGCUUCAAAGGGAUUUGUAUGUAGACUGUGCAAUUGUUUCUUACUUGAUGAACAACGUGUUUCGAUCCAUUGUCAAACUGCUGCUCAUUAUAUUAAUUACACUACUAUGACGAAAAUGAAAGAGGCCACUGCAGGAGGAAAAAAACGUAGCAUUGACCAGGUAAUUGAAGAAGACAAUGAUAACAAACAAAAUGAAAAUGUUAUGGAGAAUGAAAACAGUAAUAGUAUCAAAAGUGAUAAUGUUAAAACUGAAAAUGAAGAGGAAAAUAGUUCUGAGGAGCCAGCAGUUAAACGUGUCAAAUUGGAUGAUGAUGAAGACCAAAAAGAAUUUAAAAUGGAAACUGAAGAAGAAUCUAAAAUAGACACUGAUAUUGAAGCAAAGCAAGAAGCUGAAGGUUCUGAAACAGAAAUAUCUCCAACUGUUGAAGCACCGGUUGUUGAAGAAAAGCCUGCUGAAGUACCACCUCCAGUGGCACCAGCAGUUACAACACCUACUAGAGGACGUGGUGGUGGUAGAGGACGUGGAGGACGAGGUGGUGUGGCUAGACGUGGAGCUAGACGUUAAGAUACAAUUUAAAAUUUAAAUAUUCAACAGAAAUUAUUAAUUUACAGUAGUCUAAUCUGAUUUAUAUAAUUUUUCA